GAGCUACUCAUCCUGUCAAUCACUCUCGCAAUAGCGAAUCCCUCAACCACACUCGAGAUAACCCAGCCAUGAAGCUCAUUGUAGCUGGUGCAACCGGUCUGGUGGGAUCUGAGAUAAUCAGACAAUGCCUGCAGAUGAGCGAGAUCACUCAGAUUAUCGCACUGGCUCGCAAACCGGUCUUGAUUGAAGAUGGAACUGACCCGACCUCGGAGCUAACAAGUGUCGUGAUUCGGGACUACGGUGAGUAUUCCGACGACACACGGGCUGAGUUCGCCGGGGCAGAUGCCUGCAUAUGGACUGUUGCUGUGACACCAUUCAGAACAGGAAGCUUUGAUUUCGCCGAGGUCAAGCGCGUGUGUCAAGACUGUACUCUCGCAGGGUUCAAGGCCAUGUACGAAGCUGGGCCCACGCGACCUUUCCGAUUCUUGUACUUCAGCGCCGAUGGCACGCCCAGGGACCCAAGCAAAAAGCCAGCCAUCAUGGGUGAUUACCAAGUCAUGCGCUGCGAAACAGAGCUCAUGGUCCUUCACCUUCCCGCCGAGUACCCAGGAGUCGAGGUCUGCAUCGCUCAGCCCGGAGUGGUAGUGAAUUCCACGUCCGUGUCAAGAGCAGUAGUGGCCUCGCUGUUCCGUGUCGUCAACACCUUCACACGCUCCAUCCCAAAUAUCCACCGGGCGGAACUUUCGGCGGCGGUGUUGGACCUAGCCGUGAAGGGAUUCGACAAGGAGACGGUUACAAAUACUGAGCUGGUUUGCCGUGGACAGGCAGCGUUAAAAUAUACGGCGGAGUCUAAGAAUUAGGCAGAUGUGACGGGUGAAGAUGGACGACAUCAUUUUUAUUCUUAGUCUUGCCAGGAUGGUCUUAUUCGUAAUAAUCAC